AUGUCAGCGACCGUUACACCGGUAAAAGGUACACGAAAAACCUACAGCUUCGCCGAACGCGAGCUCUUAGUGAAUCUCAUCUACAAAUAUCUGAUCAACAACAGCGAAGAAGAGAGAAAUGAUAAUUCCGAUGCAGCUCCGUCCACGUCGGGCACAUCGGCCACCGUCAAGCGCAAGUCCCUGUGGGCGCAACUGACCGAUGAAUACAAUUCGCAAGUCGGUGCAGAAAAUACGAGAUCCUGCAUACAAUUGCGUCGCUGCUGGGAGAAUAUGAAAACUCAUCAGAAAAAAUAUCGCGAAGAAGAGAGUAAAAAAGCCGCGGAAAAAAGCACAUCGUCACAGGCGACGGCGACCGAUUGUACAACGUCGCAACCGUCUGCUGUUGGCGGUACAAAUUCAUCCCUCAACGGUGUUGCACUGAGUCAACCGAGUGAUUCUUCCGUCCCGGUCCCAAUGAAGCUCCUGAUAGAGUCGCAAGAUGGGUUGGAGACGGAUGAUACGAAAAAUGACUUGUUAAAAAUCGAAGAUGAGAAACAAAUGCUGGACGAAACGGCCGACGAAGAGCUCGAGUCUUUUCGGAUGAAAUACGCGCACAAGAGAAAAUUCGUCUCGCCGAAAUCCAAAAUCCCGCAGAAGCAGCCGAAAAUUCAAAAGGCUUACAAGACGAAAAAGAGCAAUAACGAGAUGCACGAGUACACGAUGUCGGAGGCACAGUUGAAGCUCGAUACCGCGGCUAUACUAAAGGAGGAGGCUAAAUUGAGACUCGAGGAAGCGGAAUACAAAAAAGAGGAGGCGAAAAUGCGAAUGAUCUGUGCCUCGUACAAAUUGCAAAAAUUAAGGGAAGAGUAUGAAAGCGCGAUAGAGGCUGAUUAGUGUAUAUUUUCGAAAUUUCUUCUGUAAGGGCGUUGCCUUAAUUGUCGUACUGUUAUUUAUUUAUUGAGUUUAUUUGUGCCACGAUAUUUAUGAAUUAUUUAUUAAACAUUAUUAUUAAAUGUAAUAUAAUACGUUAUAAAAUACAUGACAUAAUGCCCGAAAAGGCUAACAAAUACAAAAAAGAUAUCUAUAAUUGUUUACAAUUUACAAAUGCAUAGUUAUAGCAAAACAUGGAUUACCAUGCUUGUCUUUAUUACUCUAAUAAUUAAAAGUAGGAUUGAAAAACAGUUUAAUGAGUAAUACAGGCUUAGAAACGAAUAUUAUUCAAUAAAUAUUUUGUCUGUGUUCUUAAGUAAACAUAUUCUUCAAAAUAAUAAUUAUUAUAAUGGUAAGUAUUUGAUUAUGUAACUAUACUAAAAUUUACAAAAAAUUAUUGCAUAUCCAAAAUGUCAUAUUGCAUCUCGUUUAAAAUAUUGCAUUUGAUCGAAAGCAAUAAACAUUCGAUCGAUACUCUCAG